AUGGGCAGGAAGGUGCCCAGCAAGCAGCUGGCCACCAAGGUAGCCCACAAGAGCAUGCCAGCCACAGAUGGCAUGAAAGAGCCGCACCACUACCGGCCUGACACCUUGGUGCUGCGCAAGAUCCGACACUACCAGAAGUCCACUGAGCUGCUUAUCUGCAAGCUGCUGUUCCAGCGACUGGUGCGCGAGAUUGCACAGGACUUCAAGGUUGACCUGUGCUCCUAG